AGCUCUCUCAAGGAAAUUUGAAAUGAUUCCCUCUUUGUCCUUUUCUUGCUGCUGUUCCACACUUUUUGUUUGGUGAUGGGUAUAUUCUGAAACCAUCGUUGUGCUUCUGGCAACCUUUGAGGGAAGAGACAGUGCAGUUUUUCAUUAAGGUAAUGGUGAUGAGGAUCCUCCUCCAGUAGGGAAAACACCAUCUCCUUUAGUUACCUGUGGUUCUUCUCCCAUAUGUUACUUCUGACAAAUCAGUUAAUUUUUCUCCAGUGUCUGUAAAAACUGUCAACUGAUAGAAUCAUAGAAUGGUUACACUUGGAAGGGACCUCAAAGAUCAUCAAGUUCCAACCCCCCUGCCCUGAGAAGAACCAGCUUAAAGUGCAGCUUGUUGAUUUCUCUAGGAAUUGGGUACUAGAUGCCAGUUGUUUUGGAAGAAGAACCUGUUUGGUGGGUCUGAUUUUUAUGUCGAUAAAGGCAGCAGUACAUCUGCAUAUAGAACAAGUAGCUUCCAUGGGUGGAUUAAAGCUUCAGCCUCCCAUCAUCUGGGACUUCAUUCACACUUUUCACCUGCAACAUGGAGCUUCUCCUGGGGGUUUGCCUGGGUUUGAUUCUGGCGGUGGCUUCAGCAGAGCAGAACAACUGCACCCAUGCAACCAACAAGUGGACAGUCUGUGCCCAGGAUGGCCCUGGGAGCUGCACCUGCACGCUGGUGGGUUCAAAUCGCGGGGUAGACUGUUCCAGGCUGACCUCAAAAUGCUUGCUGGUGAAGGCAGAAAUGAUCCCCCUGCAGCAGAAGUGCUUCUGGGGCCAUCCCCGUGGGCAGUUGAAUAAUAAUGGCAUUUACAACCCAGACUGCGAGGAGAACAAUGCCUUCACAGCCCAGCAGUGCAAUCAAACCAACACGUGCUGCUGUAUGAACAUGGCCAGAGUCAGUAGAACUGACAUGGGUGACAAAAGCCUGAGCUGCUGCAAACUGGUUAGAACGAGCUGUAUCUAUGUUGAAAUGAAGCACAAAAAAAGGUUCAGUGCCUUUGAUGUUUCCGACGUAGCAAACACCCUGAGAGAUCUGUUUGAGAGGCAACACAAACUGCACCCCAAGUUCAUCACAGCCGUGAAGUUCAACUCCCUGUGUAUCCAGAUCUGCCUGAACCAGCAGCUCUCCCAGAAAUCUAGGUGUGAUGUAGAUAUAGCUGAUGUCACCUAUUAUGAAAAAGAUGUGAAAGAUGACUCCAUGUUUCAUUCCAACAGAACAUGAACUGUCUCUGUCCAUGGAGAUGCUCUGCAUAUUCAAAAAAUAAGGAUUUAUUACGUUGAUGAAAAGCCACCAGACUUCUGCAUGACACAACUGGCUGCUGGCAUUAGUGCUGUGGUGACGGUGGUGACACUGACUGCUGGCCUUGGCAUCGCUGCGCUGCUUGUCCUGAGGUGGCUGCGGACGAGAAAACAUGUGAAAGUGGAGAUUAAGGAAAUGGGUGAAAUAAAAGCACUGAGCUUACAGCUGCCCUGAUCUGGAGAAAAAAACACCCCAAAGACAUCUGAAAAAAGAAAGGCAACAACAGGAAGGGAAAAAAAAAAAAA